UUCAAUGAGAAAAUGAAUUCAUUUCCGGUUUCCAAAAGAAGAUAGAUAUUUUAGAUAUUUACAAUUAAGUUGCAGAAGAAGCAGAUGAUCUUUAAAUAUGUAACUUUUGGUGAAUUGGUUGACCUUAGAAAAAGCUAAUGCAGGAAAAGCUGAAUGAGUGAACGAUCCGUGCCGUCACUCUGCAGGUGCUCCAAGAUCAGCUGGGCUGGCCCGGCCUGAAACAACUUCUGAGUGAUUGUGUUUAAAAAUUAAACGCAUGGGCGUUUUAAUGUUUGAUGACAUGAAAACAAUUUUGUUAAGCUUUAGCAAGUAAAAAUGGGAAAUAAACACUCGUGUUGUGUUUAUACGAGUCCGUCCAAAGAUAGAAGAAAGCCCCAAGAUGUGUAUGGUUAUGAGGAACAGCCAGGGAUAGAUAUACAUUUAACCCCGAACAAUAGAAGCACUACCUCCCUGCCAGGAGUCCCACACAUCAGUGACCGGGAAAACUAUCCAGAAGAUGUAAAGGAGGACCCUACAUCAGACCCCAGUUUAAGACCGCUGUUUCCAUCUAGGUCACAGAGUGAAAUCAGCAAGAAUGUUAGGCACAGAUCUAGAUCAAAAAACAACAAGAAUAGAAGGAAGUCUCAUUAUGAUAACAGAGUUCUACAAAUACAGAAUACACCAGUACUGCGGAAGUACAGCUCCUGUUCCACAAUAUUUAUUGACGAUUCCACCGUCAGUCAACCAAACCUCAAAAACACGAUAAAAGCCGUGGCCUUCGCCAUUUACUUUCAUAUACGAAACCGCGAGAGUAACAGAACAUUGGAGAUUUUUGAUGAGAGGCUUCAUCCUUUGUCGCGAGACCAGGUGCCAGAAGAUUAUGACCGCCGAGACCCGGAACACAAACAUAUUUAUAGAUUCGUUCGGACCUUGUUUAGUGCAGCCCAGCUGACUGCAGAAUGUGCAAUAGUUACCCUGGUGUACUUGGAGAGGUUACUUCAUUAUGCAGAAAUUGAUAUUAUGCCGGCAAAUUGGAAGCGUAUUGUCCUGGGUGCGAUACUGCUGGCGUCCAAGGUGUGGGAUGACCAGGCUGUGUGGAAUGUAGACUACUGCCAGAUCCUCAAGGACAUAGCAGUGGAGGACAUGUAA